UGCAAUUUGUUUUCAACGCACCAUGCCAUAGCUGAUAUAUCAAAGGAAGGGCAUAUGCAAUUGGCAAUUAAGGCCUAUAAGAAAGGUCUUUUCUCAUCAAAAAAGGCAGCUGCAGAUGUGUUUGACAUGCCUCAAAGGGCCCUUAGGACAUACCUUAAUGGGAGCACUUCUUGCAAAGAUUCAAUAGCAAAUUGUCAAAAAUUGACAGAUACUGAAGAAACUAUACUCUCAAAAUGGAUUCUUGAUAUGGACCAAUAUAGCCUACCUCUGUGA